UCGACACGCUGCUGUGAAGCGUUAGAAUAUCCCGGUAUACUACAGCGAGCGACAAGAGUGGAAGAGUUCCUCCGAGAGCAUUCACUGAAUGUGUAUCUCCACUGACAUCAGCUCAGCUGAUCUCCCGUCUAUACUGCGAAGGCACGCUUGCGAGAAGUUAUGGAUCAUCAAGGUCUAGUUGACGCUGGACUGCGUGGUCUGCGUAAACGUACAGGCGGCCUCUCGGUCGAGAUUUCGCCUCCGCCCCUGAAACGCCAGCGAUCGCUCGCCGUGCCCGGCUCGGAGCAAGGGUUCUUGAACGGCGGGAGUCCCCAGGCUCUUCUCAGAAACUCCACCUUACGGGUACCAACCGAUUCUGCUGACAAUAGUAGAAGGCUGUCUGGGCAAGGCGAAACCUCCCGUCACUCAAUCGGAGAGUCAUCACCGUGCAUCGGUACUGGCAACUGUCAAGAAGCGCGACGGCCGUCUACCGCUAGUACGGCUAGUCGGUCAGGUAAACAAAGGUGCAAUCAAUGUGGACAGCCGUCAGCCCCAAGAUAUGAUCCUUUCGUGAAAUGCUCCUCGUGCGAAACCCGGUUCCAUGAUCGAUGCCGGAAGCCAUCUCUGAAAGAGAAUGAGGAUUGCGCACAGUGGAGAUGUUUUCGAUGCAUUGCGAAGAACCGAACCAGCAUCGCAUCCCACCCUGCGAAUCACCCUCAUCUAGCAUUACAAAACCCUCUUCAGGAAGCUGGAAGGGACGUGCAAGUGGGCGAAGAGCGACACUCUGCCGAACAGACAGUGGCAAACGCACCGCGGGACGUCCUUUCUGGAGCGAUCUUUUCUACGCAAAGGGGUCAGCUAUCGCUUGACAGCGUCACUUCAAGUGAGGAAAAGGCUGCAAUGCGACGGUCAUCAAUAAUGAAUAUGCCCUUGCCUAAUCUUGCUAACCAUGGUAGAGUUCAAGCUGUAACAAACGGCCUUGAUUCAGAACCAGUGGAUAUCCAGUCAGCAAUACGCACCAACCGAUCUCAGUUCAGAGAUUCAGAAUACGUCUCUGAAUCAAAAUUAUGGGUUGAAGACGAUGGUCUCUUCAUGCCAUUUCAGCCUAUGCGGCAAACUACGAUAACAGUUGAUGCAGACAUGCGGCUAGAGACAGAAUUUCACGCUGCCUUUCCAGACCUGUCCGGUCUAUCAAUCCACAAUAUGUCGCAAGAGGAAAAAGAUCUGAAGAUUAUGGAGAUUAGGAACCGACCGUCCAGAAAAGCAACAUUUGGGAAAACGGUACUCUCGCCGACUGGGAGUUCUACACUAUCGGUUCAGAGCAAGCUGCGACGGUCGCCGAAACCCACUGUUGCGGACUCGAAGCAAUCGAUGUGGAUUGCAUCUAGGGUGGAAAUACAAAGUCGACCCAACUCAUGAUUUGCUCGCUCCGUUAUAGUCCGCAAUUCAUGCGCUCCGGCUCUCGGAAACGUUCGGAACGCACCCGAAGGUGGUAAAUGGCACUU